UGCUAUCGAGUGCGGUUGAGUUGUGGCGUCGUGCUUACAGGUGAGAAGCAGCGGGGAGCUAGGAGAGCUGACGAGCGCGAGGAGAGCUGACGGGAGCGGAGAGAGUGGCCCGUUUGACCAAGCGCAAUGAUGAGCACGGAGCCAUGAUAUCCAGGGCUAGAGAGCACAGGAGUGCGAGACGGUGCACGUGGAGCUUUCUGCUGCUAAAAAUCGCCGCGAGGCUCUGCCUCGAUUGUCCGCCAUCGGUCUGUCCCACCCUCAUAGAGCCAGGCAGCGUCUGUGCCGCAUCGUAUUCGCACUUGUCGAGAGAGUCGGAGCCGGCUCCAGUGGUAGAUGGCGUGGGUGCGAGCGGAGGAGAAGGGCAGUGUGCAGAGCGAGGAAGAGGCGUAAUGCAUGAUGGAGAGGUGGAUUUGGAUUCGACGCGUGGUGAUGAGGAUCUGGUAGAAGAUCGAGAUCAAUCGUUCAAGGAGGAGCAGCAACGGCGAACGUGUCGUAACGCCGAUAACCUCUGGCCGGCAGACUACCUUCCUGCCCUCGUGCCCGCUCGUUUCUCAAUCUCCGUCGGCGUGACCCGCCAACAUCGCUCCCUCAAAUCUGACUGCAACCGCCGCCGCCAUUGCGGCCUCGUUCCCUCAAGCUUGGCGCUCGCCGAGCCCUGCCUCAAUGAUAGUAGAUAGCGACAGCAGGAGGGAUGGUUCCGCUGGUAAAAAGCGCCUCCCAUUGGC